AUGGUUCUGAUCAGAGCAGCGAUCAAAUCUGUCCUCAAAUAUCUCAACAAGACCAGAGGGGACGCAGACAGGAAGUGGUCUGUUCACUACACUACCCAGAAGCCCCAGAACAGUCUGCUCUUCAUCCCUGGAAAAAGACGAUCCGGCAGCGCUGAUGAUCUGCAAGCAUGCAACGGGCUGACUCAGCAUGGCUAUAGCCUCCCCGGCAGCUCUCAGCCCCGCCCACAGAGUCCAUCCUCUUCUGGGCUCAACCAAUCAGAGGGCAGCAGAGCACGCAGCCGGUGGAGGGACAAAAGCAGGAAGAUGUCCUCAGCUUUCACAGAUGAAGAUGAGAGGUUCAUCUUGAACAACACUCGACCUCAGACCCCACUGGUCCUCAACCCUGUCCACCCUGCCUCCAGUUGGAACGUCUUGGCCCCCACCUAUGAGCCAACAGUUGAGGUGGAGAUGGAGCCAACUCCCCGGCUUCCAACUCCAGAGGAGAGGAUGAGGCAGCAGGCUGAGGCAGUCGGAGCUGAUAUAGUCCCCAUCAAUAUCACAGGAGAGAGCUUUGAUCGUCAGGCCAGUUUUCGAAGAGUGGUUUCCAACACUGACUCGUUAUCCCGGCGAUCCCGUAACCUGAGCCGCCGUAAGACAGUUACUGGGAUACCUGGUGAUGUCAACCGCAAGCUGGACUCGCCUUCAGUCUCUUCGGUUCUUCCCGGUCAGUUCUCCACCGUGGGUCGACCUGCCUCCUGCACCUCUGCCCACCAGCAGGAGAACGCAGGGGACGAGAUGGAAGAGAAUGACAAGGGAGAAGUCAGAGAGAAGGGGCAGGUACCAGCAAGGAGGAUCCGAGCCCCAAGAGGACAGGGGAUGUCCAGCCUCAUGGCCUCCCUCACCUCGUCCUCACCUGUAGUCACCUGUCAUGACUGCUCCUCCUCCUGCUGCUCUUCCUCCUCAGAGGUCUGCAGCCUGCCACGUCUGGCAACUAACUCCUCGCUGAACUCUGAGGCCAGUUGUAACAGCACCUCCUACAGGACACUCAGCGCCUCCUCAUCUUGUUGCCAGGAUAUGCAGGGUUUCCCCAGUGACCUCCAGCCCCUUCUGCCCUUUGACCCCACUGCCAGAGUCAUCCCCCAGUCUCCUUCCUCCUCCUGUUCUUCUUUUCCUACCUCUCCCGUCACCUCCUCCCUCCCAGGCACCCCCAGCCAUUCCCUCCAAUCAGAGUGGUCUUACCCCAGUGAUAAGCUCCUGAAUGACAGUUCCUCCUCCCACUACCUCUCCUCCUCCUCCAUCACAGACUCAGACUCACAGUUUAGCCACCAGGCUCUGCAUUACCAGACUGCCAGCCGGCAGAAUACCCGGUGCUCCUACAAUGGUGACACCUACAAUGGGGAGACGUGGAGCUACCAGCCUCUCUCCCCCAGCUCCAGUGUCCACAGCAGCCAGACUGGGGGUGACUGGAAUAGCAUCACCCAGGAGAUGAGAUGUGUUUCUGGGGAAGGUUGGAACUGUGAGCCCCUGCUCUCCUCUGGUUGCUCUUCUCCCACUCACACUGACAGCAACUCUUUGUGUUCAGAGAAAAUGACUUCCUCCCCCUCGCCAAACCGGGAGAGAAGGAAGUACAGUAGUUCCUCCUCCUACUCUCGCACCAUCACCCGCAGCAUCUCCCUCCGCAAGUCCAAGCGCCCGCCUCCUCCACCAUUGCGCUCUGACUCUCUGAGGCGCCGUCCCGGUCGUAGCAAACCCUUCCGCUCCUCCUCCAGUCCCCGUUUGGAACAGAGCCCCCAUCUGGAGCACACCACCCAGCGGACGCCCCCUUUGUCUCCACAGACCUUCCAUGACCCCUGGGUGCCCAGGAGCAACACCAAAAGGCGCCAGAGUGGGUUUAACUGUGGGACAGUCACAACCUUUGAACCUUUAAGCCUGGACUGCCAGGUACCAACCUCCGUUGACUACCCUCCUUCCGAGCACCGACCACCGAGCCAUGGCCACUCCCAUGCUCAUGUCCUCACCCCUGGGUCUCCAGGCUCAGAGGAGGAGGGGCUGAGAUUUACUCCCAACCCCCAACAAGCUGCCUCUUCCGUUGCUGGGCUCCAGCGCCUUGCUUCGCCUUCAAGUGGCUACUCGAGCCAAUCUAACACCCCCACUCCUGGCACUCCUGUGUCUUCCCCCCUCACCCCCUCCUCCCCUCUCGCAGUGAGCCAUGGGGCUUUCUCCCUCCCCCCAACUUCCCCCCUCUCCUCUUCACACUCCUCUUCCUCCCCCAUGUCCCCUGUCGUCUCCUCUCUGCCCAGGUCGAGGUCUCGGGGCGAAAGGAGGCCAAAGCCACCAGUGCCAGAGAGGAAGUCAUCACUCUUUUCCUCCCUCUCCUCCUCAUUUUCCUCCACAUCCUCCCUCUCCUCCUGUACCUCUUCAGACUCUUCUGCCAAGCAUCCUCUUCUCCCUCCUCCUCCUCCUCCUCCUCCUCUACCAGAAUGCUCCUCCACUCCAUCCUUCUACUCCCCCAUUCAAACGUCUCCUCCUCGUGCUCCUUCCCUUUCUCAGCGAUGCCUGCCUGUUCCUCCUUCUGUCAACAAACUCUCAGCUGCUCCUCCUCCACCACCUUCUUCUCUUCCUCCUCCCCCUCCCCCACCUCCUCCUCUCCCACCCUCAUCCCUCCCUACUCCUCCUCCUCUUCCUUCUUCCUCCCGGCCCCCUCCUCCCCCCUAUUCCUAUGCCAUCAGGCAGACCUCCAAUCAUGUUCUGAUGUCCACCAUGUCGUCAUCAACCAACUUCCAACCCCUCCCAACUUCCCCACCUCCCCUACCAUCUUCUCCUCUUCCACCCCCACCAGAACUCCCCGAAUUGCCAAUUGCUGACCUUCCUCCUCCACCACCACCUCCUCUUCCUUUUCUGCCUACUUUCCCCAUAUCCCCUGCCACCCCACUUCCCCCCCGUAGUUCUCCAAACCUCUGGGUUAGAGUGGCCACAACCUGCCCCCUGGUCACAGCCCAAGCUUUGCAGGGCGUCAAGCUUCGCUCCAUCAAGAACCAGGAGGGCCUGCUCACUGGCAUCGAACUAGCCAGUGUUGCUUCUGGUGAUGCUACACUCCACAGUCAAGAUGACAAGAUGUCAGCUAAUGCUAACCAUGCUAAUACUCUCCAUGAUUUACCAAGCAAAGAAGCUCCUCCACACAGCGCUGUGUUGGCAAAUGCUAAACUGGAUGGCAGGGCCAACACUAAUGUUAAACUAGAUGGAGCUGGAUCACAAAAUACUGUCAGUCAUGUAGGUAGCAAUGACUCUAACACGACUAGUGCUUUAAUGGGGAAUGCUAGUCCUCAUAGCCCAGCCAACACUGAUGUUCAGCGACCUGAAUGCAAAUUAGAUUAUGGCUCCUACAACAUAACAAAAAGUGGUGUGAGAACACCCAACGAUGAGCCAUCGUAUGCUAACCUGCAGAACCUACGAGGCACUGUUGCUAGCCCGGCUAACCAGAGACGCUCUGGGUAUAGGUUGGCGAAUGGCGAAACUCCCCAAGACAUCCAGCACAAUGAACGAGAGAACGAAGAUUCAGACAUGUAUGCUACACUGGCAAACAAUCCAGCCUCCAGUCCUGAUAACCCCUUGGACAAAAUGUCUUAUUGUACUAGCAAAAACCACAUCAACACAUCUAUCCAUUACACUUCUUUGCAACAACAGGUCACAGAUAUAGUGUUAGCAGAUGCUAAGCUAACUGACCCUGCAGAGAAACUGGAAAACACUGAGGGUGUUUGGCACACAGAUCCUUCAUACUGGACCCUCUCUGGAACAAAACAAGGGUCUCAGAAAGAAAGCAGAACUAUACUGUCAGAGAGCAAAGAUAAAGUCGAGAUAAAUGACAAGAAUAAUUCCGAAAUGCGCAGUCAUAGUGCAGCUAAAGGGGAUUCCACAGCAUAUAGUGAUUUAAAACAGAAUAAUAGAGUCUGUAAGACGGGUAGUCCAAGAAGGCUCUGCUCCCCAGAGAAGCCGAUCCUGCCAAAGAAGCCUGAUCUUUGCAUUCCGGGUCUCAUGGCGUCAUCUGAGGCCAGACAAGGACCAGAUGGGUGGAAGAGCAAUGGACAAAUGACAGCACCUCCUCCUGGGCUCAGCAGCCAAUCACAGCUUCCUGUUGAUUCUUUCUGCACUCCUUUGCACAUGCAUCUGACCCAUAGUACACCUUCACCAAAGCACUUGACAUGCACCACUGUUGACAAGAUGACAAUUUCUGACAAAGCAACUUUACCUGCUCACUCAGUGAAUGCUGCUUCUUUGUUUGUGAACACAACACCUGCUGACAUCACUACACACUCACCUGCCAGCUCCCCUCAGAGGCAGAAGCCACCGAUUUUGCACAAAAAGCCAAAUCUCUCAUUGACCUCACCCAAAAGAGCAAAACCACUCUUUGCACCUAGAAAUACAUUGGAAGCAUCCAAAGGUACGUCUGGGACCUUUGACACCCUGGGGACCACUGGUACGUCACUGACUCAGAGCAACACAGGAACCAGUAGUACCUUAGGGACCAUGGUCACUUCUGGAAUCUUGGCUACUAUAAGAGCUGACAACACUUUAAAUGGGACCAUGGGUACCUUGGAGAACUGUGAUACCUCAGGAAAUUGUGACACAAUGGGGACCAGUAGCAUCUUAGGGCCCAUGGGCAUCUAUGGGAACUGUGGCGCCUUUGAGAUCAUGGGUUUCUCAGGCACCCGCAGCAUCAAAGGGGCCCCAAACACUAUCAGUGAGGCCAUGAGCACUUUGGAGAACUGUGGUAGCUCAGGAAGAUGUGGAACCUUGAAGAUCUGUUGCACCUCAGGUAACUCAGAGGCCCAUGGAACUUCCACCCAGAAGGGGAGCGCCCAACGAGGAACAACCGAACCAUGUUCUGCUGAGGUCAUCAGGACAAGACUUUGUAAGGAUGAAGAGAAAGCAUUUCAUAAGAGGACGAUGAGGUCGUCACUGGCCGAAGAUGAAGAGGAUGAGGCAAGGGUGGAAGAGUCCGGGAUAAAGACGACAAUGAUCAUGAUGCCACCCACCACAAAGAAAAAAGACGAAGCAAGGAAGAGGCGGAAGAGGAGGGCAGGCAGGCAACUGCUAAUGAUGUCAUCUGCAAUGGAGCCUUCCCCUUCGUCAUCAUCAUCAUCAUCCUCUUCAUCAUCAUCUUCAUCCUCAUCUGGAGAUGAACAAGAUGUGGUGAAAGAGGGAACAAUGCAAAUUGGCGCGAGGAUGAUGGCGACAAAAGUAUGUAAUCAAGACACAAGUGACUCAGAGAGCUCCUGUGCUCUAAUUGGUCAGAGCAAGUACUCCAUCAGCAGUGCGCUGUCCACUGACAGCCUGCGGGCGGAGCUGUCGCUUCCAGACCUCCUGAUACAGGAACCAGAGGAAGAAGAGGAGGAGAACACCGAGGAGGGAGCAGACAGGAGAAGGCAGGAGGUGAAAGAGGCCACAGGAACUCCAGAUGUUGAUCUGUUCGUCAGCGUUUCGGCGGAUCAGCUGUUUGUCUCUGGUCAACCGCGAACCACAGAGGAUCUGUUCGCUGUCAUCCACAGGUCCAAGAGAAAGAUGCUAGGAAGAAGGGAUACUGAAGACGAAGGACAACGUAUCUCGUCUUCCUCUUCCUCCUCCUCCCCUCCGGUCACCCCCACAGACCCCCUGCCCUGCCAGACGCGACCUGCGUCUUUUAAGAGUCAGAGAUCAGGGAGGAGCGAAAACUUUAAGGCUCUCGUGUUGAGGAAGGGUAGUCGGUCUGAUUCAUCUUCUCGAAUCUCUGCCGUCGAGCGGCUUCGCAUAGUUGGUUCUCCGACGACAGCUGCUGACCACCAGAGCACGCUGUCACCACCACCAGACCAAGUCAAAGCCACCACGGACACAUGUGAUAUCAACGCCCACCUGACUCUAGACGUUCCAGUGUCUCCCACAUCUCCGUGCACUCAGAACUUCUCCAUGAUGUUCAGAUGGAGGCGAAGGGAUCAGAUGCACAGUCACCUCCUUCUCACCUCUUCCUCUUCUUCUCCCUUCUUCUUCCUCUCCUCCCCCUCCAUGCGGCCUCGCUCCCUCACUCCUCCCUGCUCCGCCAGCCGGCGCUUUGCCGCUCGCUGCCGCCUCUACGCCGCCCCCAUGACCGCCAUCUUUGAAGUGGAAAGCGAGGAGGAGGACGGAGAGGCAGACAACGAGGUUUUUGUCGAGUCUCCAGGGACCGAACGAGAACUGAGCCAGAGAUUGGUUGAGACUUCUUGAUGGACAGACCAAGUUUAUAGACGCAGUUGCAACUUGGAUUAGGCAGGAAGUAGAUGGACGGUAUCCCUGUGAUUCUUUGCCCCAAAUCCAGUUCUGUGAGAUCACAAACAAUCCUGAAUGUGACGAUGUCAGAUCUCCUGCAGAUCAGGUUAAAACUGUUCCCUGUUGCACUGCCUCAGCAAACUGAACCGGACUGGACUGGACUGGACUGGACUGCGGCCGGAAGCAUUUAACUGAAUAACUGAAUGUACUGAAGCACACUUGGCAACUCUCUGAUAAAGGACAUGUCUUCAGUAGCCACACUGAUGUGUCAGAAAACUACAGAAGCCUGGAAGGGCCAUGCAUGGAAUUACCCCUCACGCUUUUUCUCACAAUUGCAGAAUCACGAUCUCAAGAAAAAAAAUAACACAAUAAUCUUCUUUUGACCCCAAAAAUUAACUCCAGUUAAUUUACUUAAACUUAAAUCAUCUUGCGUUUUUGUCUUUUGCUAAAUCUAAAUUCACGACCACGUACGUCCACCUUCUCUCUGGCGCACUGUAGCAAACACAACUUUUGACCAAAGAGGACGUGGAGUUAUUUUACUUUGACGAGAUCUUGCGGUCUUUGAGAUCACACAGUAAAUGUUACGAUAAUCAUAAUAUAGUAUAAUAAGUUUAAGCUGUUAUGUUGUAAAGUUUUCCCCAAAGUCAUCUUCACACCACCUCGUAAUGACGGAGGGGUCAAAUAAAGACAUUUCAACUAAACCGUUAUCAUAUAAUUUGAUUUAUAAUAUGUAUUUCUUUAAUUUCAACAGAUUCUAAUGACAUCCAAUCUAAUAUAUUGAACCAAUAACCUUUUUACACUUCGUCACAUGAAAUCAGUUAAUAGAUCAGCCAGUUUCAACAUCAUGACGAUCAAAACGUUGCCAGUUUCCAAACGCCUGAACUAAGAGAAACUAACUGGAUCUAUUUAUUAUUACUAUGAUUUCAAACGUUUUAAAGGGUUAGGGUCACGCUGAGCCGUUUGUGCUUCUUCUUCACUGGAAAUAUUUUAACAGCAGCUCCUGCUGACAUGUUUUAUUUUGACUCCUCAUAAUUAAAAAGUCAUUUUUUCUGUUAUUACCAGCCACACUGACUGACGCUGUAAUUAAUAAGGGAUGUAGUUUGUCUGAUACUGUAAAUAAUCCUGUUUCCUCUUCCUCUCUUCUUGCUGUUAUCUUGUUUUUUGUUGCUUCUGCUGGUCUUCACUUCUUUUCUGUUGCACUUGUUAAGCUUCAGCCUCCAUCUCAAUGAGUCACGGAGCCUCAGCGAAGUAGCAGAUAGUAAAGACGACGUAAAAGUCAGAAAGAUGAUGAACUUUGAAUUUAGCAACAUAAGUAUCUUCUCUGUGCGAAUGUAAGCAGUUCAGAUUUUAUCUAUUAACCAAAAAAUGAAAACAAUUUAACUGGAAAACUGGAAAUAUGGUGAAAAGUAAAUGAAAAGAGUGUUGGUAUGUUUGGACAGAAAGAAGAUGGAACUGGAAACACUGAAAUGUAAAUACAGGAAAGUGUAUGAAUAUGGACAGAUAGAG